GUUAGUUACCCUGGUACCCCAUCCCCGAGAGACUUAGUCAGGAUCAGUACGUCGAUCAGUCGACAUCCAUUUCUAGUGCAGACGGGCGAGCACUUGCUCGCAGCCAUUCGAAGGACUUAUCGAGGAGACAAGCACGCGGAUGGGCCCGACGGGCCCACAAGCUGAAGUCCUAAGAUUCAAUGGACUCAUAUCGGAACGAUCACUUUCGACAUCUGUAUAUUCAGUGUUUAUCUACGUGCUUUGUUUUUUUCGCGAUUGUCGAGUGAAUUCAACUAAGCUAGGAUACGUAGAAAAGAAACGUUGUGAAAUUUGAGAGAAAGAACAGCCAGUAUCGUUUUUUGCUGAAGGCUUAGUGAGGUGCGGUAUUGUGAAGUUUAUAACAUUCGGUGUCGAAGCGGACUCGUCACUAUUUUCCAGUAGUUUGGUUUGGCUGAGAUGACGGUUACCACUAAUUUCUCGAUGAUGCGACCAUGUUUCACUGGAUAUUCCUUUCAAGACAUAGGAUCAAUACCGGGCCAGGGCCGCGUAAAUCAGCUCGGUGGUAUCUUCAUCAAUGGACGACCGCUACCUAAUCACAUCAGGUUAAAGAUUGUCGAGAUGGCUGCUGCGGGAGUUAGGCCGUGCGUUAUAUCGAGACAGUUGAGGGUGUCCCAUGGAUGCGUGUCGAAGAUUCUAAAUCGCUAUCAGGAGACUGGUAGCAUCAGGCCAGGAGUCAUCGGUGGCAGCAAGCCGCGUGUGGCUACGCCGGAAGUGGAGGCGAGAAUCGAGGAGUACAAGCGCGACAACCCGGGUAUGUUUUCAUGGGAAAUCAGAGAUCGACUGAUCAAAGAGGGCAUCUGCGAUCGGACCAGCGCGCCGAGUGUAUCCGCGAUUUCUCGUCUGCUCAGGGGUCGCGACUCCGAGGACGACGUUAAACUAGGUGACGGAAAAACCAGUUCUGGAUCUGAUUGUGAGAGUGAACCGGGAAUCCCGUUGAAAAGAAAACAGCGUAGGAGCAGGACGACCUUCACGGCACACCAGUUAGACGAAUUAGAACGAGCAUUUGAGAAGACACAGUAUCCUGACAUCUACGUUAGAGAGGAACUGGCCCAAAGAACGAGAUUGUCAGAAGCCAGGAUUCAAGUGUGGUUUAGUAACAGAAGAGCUAGAUUGAGGAAACACAUUUCAUCAUCGACGUCUGCUGGAUAUGUUAGUUCAGUAGCCUACCCAACCGGGUACGUUCUUCACCCACCAGCACCGCCUCAUCCGCACGCGGGAGCAGCCGUACCACCAAAUCAUCCGCAUCCACAUUCACAUCCGCAUCCUCAAAGUUUACCAGACACGGCAUUUUCUUCUGGCCAAGUUCCUGAACUGUAUUCUUCUCAUCAUGCAUCGGUGACACAUCAACUAGCUGAUUCUGCGACACGAUCUUCGGCCGUUGGCUCAACUUCAUCUUAUAACUUUCCGGCGGUGACGUAUCCCAAUUUAUCGGUGUUAUCACCAGUUUCAUCGACGACGGCACAUAUGGCUUCCACAUCAUCCACCUACCAGCAAACGGGCAAUCAUCAGCUACCACCAACUCCAAAUUCUCUUGUCACUAUGAUGGGACCGAAUUCGGGUAAUUCAACAUCCGCUCCAGAUCAACUGGCCUCAUCGGAACUACCGAUUAGCUCGGUCUCACCUCCUCAACAGCAACAGCAACAGCCACAGCCACAGCAGCAAACGCAACAGUCCAGUCAAGGAACCUCCUCGCCAUCAUGGAAUCUCGCGAUCACUGCCAGUGGUAGUAGAGUUAAUUUGUCGAGUCCACCAACGAGUCUGCAACAACCUCAUGCCUAUAGUGCUCAUCCUCAUCAAGCUUUCGCUAGCCCCUAUACUGCGCAGAGCUUUCAACAACCCCCUAGACCGACACCACAAUCCUUCUGGUAUUAAAGUACGUUCUUGUAAUUGCUAAUAACUAUUGAACUUGUAAAAGUUGUAGACUGGCCAAUAACAUUUUUGUAAAAACCGUAAUUGUGGAAAUGGAAAAUAGACAAUAAUUAAUUUUACAGAAUUUAUUUUGAGAAUAUCUUCAAAGACUUUAGUAAAAUAACGUUAAUUAUAUACUUACAGACUAUAAUGUGGAUUUCCAUAUUUGUAUGUAGCAAUUAAUACUAAUAGUUAGAUAUUAAUAAUAGCUAGAUUUAAUUGUCAAAUUCAUAACAUAUGAGAAAAA